GAGAAGGGUUAUAAGGUUUCUAAAAAGAAGGCCCAGCUGUGUCAAACUAGUGUCAAGUAUUUAGGUUUUCGUGUGACACAGGGAAAGAGACAAUUAGAAAUUGAAAGAAAACAGUUUGCGCUAUCCCCACCCCCACCAGUAGGCGUCAAGUGCGAGAAUUUUUGGGGAGUGCAGGGUUUUGCAGACUCUGGAUACCUAACUUUGCUAUAAUGGCAAGGCCUCUUUAUGAAGCUACAAAGGGGGGUGAAAAGGAACCAUUUAAUUGGACCCCCGAAUGCGCCCAAGCAUUUGCCCGAUUAAAACAAGCUUUGGUGAAUGCACCUGCCUUGGGCCUGCCUGAUUUGGAGAAGCCAUUCACACUUUAUGUUGGUGAACGAGAUGGAAUAGCAGUGGGGGUGCUUACCCAGCUAUUAGGAACAUGGCCGAGACCAGUAGCUUACUUGUCUAAGCAAAUUGACCCUGUAGCAAAAGGAUGGCCAACUUGUCUACGUGCUGUAGCUGCUACGGCCCUGCUGACUCAAGAAGCUGAUAAAUUGACUUUGGGACAAGAGUUGAUAGUCAAAGUCCCUCAUUCAGUAACGGCUAUCAUGGACUAUAAAGGCCAUCAUUGGUUCACAAAUAACCGUAUGCUAAAAUAUCAGACUUUAUUAUGUGAAAACCCUCGAAUUAAGUUACAGAUUUGCAGUACAUUAAAUCCUGCUUCACUCCUGCCUGUUGAAGGAGAAAUGCUUCAACAUGAUUGUUUAGAGACUAUGGAUGAAAUAUAUUCCAGUAGGCCUGAUCUGAAAGAUCAACCAUGGCCUAAGGCGGAUACCACUCUUUUUACGGAUGGAAGCAGUUUUAUGGAAAAUGGACAAAGAUAUGCUGGAUAUGCAGUAGUAACUGCAACUACUGUGUGGGAAGCAGAACCACUUCCUCUAAAUACCUCAGCCCAAAAGGCAGAACUGAUAGCACUCAUAAGAGCUCUGGAGUUAUCAGAAGGAAAAAUAGUCAACAUUUAUACAGAUUCUAAAUAUGCAUUCACUACCUUACAUGCACAUGGAGCAUUAUAUAAAGAGAAGGGACUACUAAAUUCUGCUGGGAAAGAAAUACAACAUAGUGAGACCAUUUUGAGAUUGUUAGAUGCUGUUUGGAUUCCUGCAAAGGUAGCAGUGAUGCAUUGCCGAGGACAUCAAUAUGGCGAGGAUCCUGUGACCUAUGGAAACCGGUAUGCUGAUACCACCGCAAAGGCCGCGGCCCGAAAGGGACGAGGAAAAGAGCCGGUCAUGGCCCCUUUGCAGGUAAGAGAUUGGAUAAAAAAUGAUGACUUGCUAUAUACUCCAGAAGAAGAACAAUGGGCCCAGCGUGAGAAAGCUGUAAAGAAAAAUGGAUGGUUGGUGUUGCCUGACCAGAGACUGUUUGUACCCAGGCAAAUAGCUUGGGAAAUGAUUAAGGAAGCACACCAAGAGACACAUAUGGGAAAAACAGCUUUAGCCUCAUUGAUGGGACGGCAACUUUACAUAAAUGGACUCGCUGCCCUAACAGGAAUAGCCUCAGCCCGAUGUCAGAUUUGUGCUAAAAAUAACCCUAGAACAGGGCCGAUGCCACCUCCAGGGGUUCAAUAUCAAGGAAAUACGCCUUUUGAAUCUCUAGUAGUAGAUUUCACCGAAAUGCCUAAAUGUGGGCCUCAUAAAUAUUUGCUUGUUUUCGUAUGCACUCACUCUGGUUGGCCUGAAGCAUAUCCAACUAAAACUGAGAAGGCAGCUGAAGUGUCAAAGGCACUUCUUAGAGACAUUAUCCCAAGAUAUGGGAUUCCUUUACACAUUGGUUCAGAUAAUGGUCCUGCUUUUGUAUCAGAGGUAUUACAGUCCUUAGUCCAACUAUUGGGAACAAAAUGGAAGUUACAUUGUGCAUACCGACCUCAAAGCUCAGGAAAAGUAGAAAGGAUGAAUCAAAUACUAAAAGGAAAAUUAUCAAAGAUGUGUCAAGAGACUUGCUUGCCAUGGACUAGAUUAUUACCUAUGGCCUUGUUACAUAUUAGAUGUACUCCUACUAAGUUUUUGGGCCUGUCACCUUUUGAACUCAUGUAUGGAAGACCUCCACUUGGAUUGAGGCAUCUUCAAGGGGACCUUAGUCAAUUGGGACAACAAACUUUGAAAACGGAUAUUCAAGCUUUAGGACAGACUAUAGCUCAACUCCAACAAUAUACUGAAGAAUUGAGGCCGCCCUGGCCAGCUACUCCUUUACAUUCUUUUCGCCCGGGGGAUUCGGUGCUGAUUAAAGACUGGAGAAUAGAACCAUUAAGACCAAAGUGGAAAGGACCUUUUACUGUCCUACUUUCUACCCCCACAGCUGUCAAGGUGGAAGGAAUCAAAGCCUGGAUACAUUAUACCAGAAUAAAGAAGGUACCACCUGAAUGGAAUGCGACUCCUGAUCCACAGGAUUCCUUGAGACUUCAUAUCAUCAAACCAGCAGUGCCAUGAGACCCAGAAAGAGGACUACGGCUCUGGUUUUGACCACAUACCUGGAAGCUGGUCAAAUAAAUCAGACAGAAGACUGAGGAGCACUGUGAAGGUGCCAACAUGUAUGGGACAUUCUUCAACUGCGAUAAAUGAUUGUGUAAAAUGAUAUUUUUGUUGAGAAUGUAAUGUCGUGAGUUUGCGAGGCUACUGUAGAACAUUCGCUCGCAAAAAGGGGGGAAUGUGGCAGCAAGCAGAAGAAAAUAAAAAUGUA